AUGUUAAGUAACUUUAAAGUUAAUCUUUUCUUGGUAACUAAUUCAUCUAUUGGAACUGGUUGUAAGACUGGUUGGCUCUUCAAUCUGAGUUCCAUCAUUUCCUUAAGAAGCUUUACUUUCCCAACUUCCCCAUUGAACAAGUUAAUUUGUUCAUCCAUUAGAGUUAAUGCAUUUAUGAGUUUGGCAGAUAAAUCUUUGGUCUCUCCGGUACCCAAUCGAAGAAGAGAGCUUAAAUUCAGUCUAGCUUUCUAA